AUGAGGCUUCUCAAUCUUCUAGCACUCACCCUCCUUGGCAAUCUGUCAAUGGCGGGACCGACUGACAAGCGAGCUGCUCUAACACAGGUCACCAGUUUUGGCAGUAACCCUGGUAACCUUAACAUGUACAUCUACGUUCCAGCCGAAGUCGCGGCCUCUCCUGGCGUCGUGUUUACACUCCACGGCGCUUCCGGCAACGCUCAGCAGCAAUUCGCAUCCACACCUUACGCAACGCUGGCGGAGCAGUACGGCUUCAUCGCCGUUUACCCAGAAUCCCCUCAAGGUGCAUGGGAUGCGACCUCUAGCAAAUCACUUUUGCAUAACGGUGGUGGCGCAAGUCAAUCAAUUGCUAGCAUGGCUGCCUACGUGGUCAGCACAUACAAAGCUAAUACCAGCAAAGUAUUUGUCUCUGGGGUGUCUUCCGGCGGCACAAUGGCAUUUACCUUGGCAGGAGCCUACCCUGACGUCUUCAAAAGCGCUAUCGUCUAUUCUGCUGCUUCCACAGCGAACAUCAAGAAUCAGUAUCCAGGAUAUACUGGCACUUACCCUAGCAUUCAACUCUAUCUCGGCUCUACGGACACCAUCAUUGGUACAUCAACAUUUAAUAAGUCGCUUGCGAACUGGGCCCCGGUCCUUGGUUACGACACUGCCCCGGAUCAAGUGCUCACCAACAGUCCUGUCAGCGGAUGGACGACGUAUGUCUUGGGCAGUAAGCUUGAAGGCAUUUACGCCCAGGGUGUCGGGCAUCCCGUUUCGACCCAAGGCAAUGAAGACAUGAAGUGGUGGGGUUUUGUCUAA